UGGAACUGGAGAUGUCAUCGCUGGUGAAGGAAGACUUGGAGAAAAAACUGUUUAAGCCGCUGGCGCAGAAUCUCUGUGAGUUUAUUGAGAUCGAGGUGUCUGUCCAGGACAGGUAUUUCCUCUGCGUGUCAGUGACCAAAACUGAUGAAGUAAAAAUCACCAUGGUGAAGCACUACAGAGUAGGGCUGGAUGAGAAGUAUGAAGUAACAAAAAGGUGGUCCUUGAGUGAUCUGCGGAUGAUUGAUGGAAAAGAAGCAGAUACCGACAAUCCAUUUUUUGAUCUGCACUUCAAGAAAGUCUACAGCUUGGAGGCCUACAGCUGUGCCUCUAAGUACUCCUUUGCUCGAACGGUGAGCAGGCUGAACCACGUGUAUCUUAAGAAGGACUUACACAUGGUCAACUUCGAUUCUACUUACAUUAACGAUGACUCCAUUUGGUCCUCCAACAACAAGGACUGCCUGGUCCUCAUGAGAAUAUGCUUUUAUGCUUUCAAUCUUGUGUGCUUGUCCUUGUGUCCCCUGCCACUUUGAAGAUGUAACCCAAAGCCCUUCAUC